GACUCGCAGCAUCAGUUGAAAUAUUCCCAGAGACUCUUUCAGUAGAAAAUUCAGUUCAUUCAAAAAAAUACAAGAUGAUCUUCCCCGUGGCCCUCAUUUCUGCCAUUACCCUAAUUUCCGCCUCCUUGGGAUCGGAAGAAACCUGCCAUCCCCUGGAAGAAGAGUGCGAGACCAUUAAUGUGCAACGGUACUUCGAGAAGUGCCACAAGAAGGAUGUCCAACUCCUAAGGUGCAAGACAGACUAUUCGAAACUUCAGAAACAAUACUCGGAUUUGCAGAGCGAGGAUCUAAAACAAUCUGAGAUAUCCAAAUGCCAACAGAGUUAUUCGGACUUGGUGAGAAAGCAUUGGGAAGUGCAGAGUCAACUUAGUGAUGAGAAAGUUAAAAAUGAGCAGUUGCAUUCAAAGCAUCUGGAAGUUGAAAAUCUAAUAAAUCUGAAAAAUAAGGAAAUCGACCUCCAAAAAGAUCAAAUUAGGGAACUACAAGAAAAAAUUGAACUUGCAACGAUGACUAAGUUCCGCGAAAACAUAAAUAAGUUGGGAAAAAUAUUAAAGAUUGAAGAAUUUCAUGAAAAUAAUCCAACAAAAUCGGAAGUCGAAACUGGAGAGAUCCCAACAACUCCAUUGCCUCAUACUAAUAUUGAGACGACGCCCAAAACAGAAACCAUAGAUUCGGAGGAUGGAUCUGGAUGGUUGACUGUUUAUAGGAAAUCGUUUUAUUCAAAAAUAUUUAAUCGCACGUAUGAAGAUUAUGAAAGUGGAUUCGGCCAUGUCGGAACUGAUAUUGACGAUGAUUUCUUUAUUGGGCUCAAUCUAUUGCACGGGUGA